AGAAGAGCAUCAGCUGUGCAGAGCGUGAAACACCUUGAAGUGCCGGGAGUAACAAUGGGGGCAUUUCUGCGCAAGUGGUGGCCAUCAUUGGCGAUUCACUCUUCGAGACGAUUUCUGAAUGCUCAAAUGACUCGUUCCGCUCUUUCAAGAGGAAUAGCGGUGAUUUCGUGGUGAGUAGCGGCCUUGAGAGCUUCAGUGUUUUCAGUUCGGUGUGUGUAUACUUUCGACUUGAGAGAGCCCCACAAGAAGAAAUCACAUGGAGUGAGAGCAGGCGAACAUGAAGACCACCUGACAUCACUGCGUAUGGAGGUCAGCUUCCCCGGCUGGGAUUCUCAUCUCAAGAUGGCUCACCUUUGGAGAUGGCCGCCCUGGGCCGACCUUUCCAGGUGGGGAUGCUCUAUGACUGUCGCACUGAUUCACUCAUUCCAGAUGUCAAUCUAUGGGACUUGGAAAACCUUAAGAAAGACCUCAAAAUUAGACCUCAGAAGGACACGCAGUUCAAAAUCAUCACUUUGGACUCCUUGGAUGAGAAAACUUCCCUCUUAAAUAUGACAGCCUCACUUAAAGCGAGCUUCUUGUGUGGCUUGGUUGAGGUUGCUGGAGCUGCCAAGUACCUCAAAGACACCAAAUCAUCCAAACGACAGUCCAGGGUCACCCUGCACUACAGCACGACCACCAGAAUGGAGCAGUUCAGCAUGAGCCACUUGGGUAAUCAGAACGUCGUCUAUCCAGAAGUGUUUGAGCAGAAAUCGGCCACCCAUGUUGUCACAGGCGUGUUGUAUGGUGCUCAGACAUUUUUUGUUUUUGAUCAAUGGGAUACUAAAGUGGAAGAGAACCGAGAUAAUAAAGGAAAACUAGAAACAUUAAUUAAAAAAUAUAUUUCCGUAGAUGGAAAAAGAGACUUAAAAAUGACAGAUGCUGACAAGGAAACCGCUGACCAUCUUAACUUCACAUUCUAUGGUGAUUUUCUCCUUGAUCACAAUCCUACAAGCUUUCAGGAUGCCAUGCAGAUUUACAACAAUUUGCCAAAGCAUAUUGACGAAGAUGACAAGCUAGCAGUGCCCGUCCAGGUCUGGUUGUACCCGCUGAAACAUCUCAACUCACAGGCUGCUAGGCUGGUACAAGAGAUCAGUGUGGCACUUGUGUCCAAAUCUCAGGAGGUCCUGGAGGAAUUAGACAAGCACAUUAUGAGGUGUAAUGACAUCAUGAAGGACGGUGUUGUCAAUAACUUUCCUAUAAUAAGGAAAAAUGCAAAUGACUUUAAAUCAAUGCUUAAUCAAUUUAAAUAUACCUUCCAGAAUGAACUGGCAAGGGUCUUGCCAAAUAUCAGGGGGGGUAAUGCAAUUGAAGAAGAGCUGGCGAACAUUCUGAAGAAGAAGGAAGAGUCACCAUUUAAGAAGUGUGUCAUAACAACAUGGCUGGAUAAAAGAGAAAAGGAAAUCACUAUGCUUAGAAGUUUCUUAAAUCGAAUUGAAGAAAUGAAACUUGAUAUUGUUAUAAAUGACCUGGAUACAUUAAUUUACAAUACUAGUGUUAAAAGUGUUGUCUGCUUGACUUUCACUUCACUCCACGUGUGUCAGUCAUACAUGUCAGAAAUGGAACGCUAUCUUCAAGCCCCUUCUAGGAAGUCCUCAUAUCAUCUGUCAGAGCCAAGUGAAGAGUUAAUCAUCCAGAAUUUCAGACAGCAUUCCCAGAGUUUCAUUGAGUUUGCUGAAAUUAACCAAAACAGCAAAACAAUGAGAUUCCUCGUCCACUCGAUCCCUGAUGUUGAAUAUCUUGGGGCAACAAUCUAUUUGUAUGAAUGUGGGCGUCUCAUCAACCAAAACUUUCAGCUUCCAUCAAAACCUGAGACUCUUGUGGUUGACUCCCAAACAGAAGACAGUGUAACCCUAAAGUUAAGACCACCAAAGUGUGACAUUAAAGGGUACAGAGUGGAGUAUAAGCGACUAGAAGAUGAAGAGUGGAAGACUAUCAACACAACUAAUAAAACUGUAAAAUUUACAGAGUUACGUCCAGCUUCAACAUAUCAACUCAGACACAGAGCCAUUUGUCAAGUUGGUGUGAGUCAGGCCAGUGAUACGAUUGAAGUGAGGACACUGCCUGUUAAAAAGCCUAUGGGAAGACAUGCUAUAAAAGACAAAUGUAAGGAGAUAACAGAUGGAAAAUUAAGACUUUACCUUUUGCCUUUGAAAUCACAGUUCAUUAAUACUGUGAAGAAGAUAGAAACAUGUUCCUUUGGAAACAGAACAUCCAUGAAACCUUUAAAAACAAUUAUGGUCCUUGGAGCAACAGGUUCUGGCAAAUCCACCCUGAUCAACGGAAUGGUUAACUUUAUCUUAGGUGUCCACUGGGAGGACGACUUCAGGUUCAAGUUAAUCCAUGAAGAAACAUCUAGAAGUCAAGCUGAAAGCCAAACUUCUGCUGUCACUGCCUAUGAAAUGAACUACCAGGAUUAUUUCAAUGUCCCAUACUCUAUCAGUGUAGUCGACACACCAGGUUUUGGAGACACCAGAGGAAUUGAUUGGGACAAGCAAAUCACUGAGCAGAUACGAGAAUGUUUUGUAUCUCCACAGGGUGUCCAGCAUAUUAACGCAGUGUGCUUUGUAGUUCAGGCUUGCCUAGCUCGACUGACACACACACAAAAGUACAUCUUUGACUCCAUUUUGUCCAUUUUUGGUAAAGACAUAGCCAAUAACAUCCUAGUCUUGACCACAUUUGCAGAUGGACAGCGUCCACCAGUUCUGGAUGCCAUCACAGAGUCUAACAUUCCAUUCCCCAAAGAUGAGAAAGGGUGCCCUCUCUUUUUCAAAUUUAAUAAUUCAUCCCUUAUUGCUAAUCAUGAUGAGACUAAUAGCAGUGAUGAUCAGAUGUUUGACAAAAUGUUUUGGGACAUGGGUGCAAAGAGCAUGGAGAGGUUUUUUAAGGCUUUAGAGAAGAUGGAUGCUAAAAGUUUAGCACUAACUAAAGAGGUGCUUGAAGAGCGCAAGCACUUGGAGACAUUAGUGGAAGGACUACGGCCUCAAAUCAAAGCUGAACUGAGUAAACGUGAAGAAAUUAGACAAACCCGUGACAUUUUAAAUAAACACAUUACUGACAUAGAAAGCAAUAAGCAUUUUGAGUAUGAAGUGGAUGUAACUGAAACAAAAAUAGAGAGCAUUGCAGGCACUGGGGAGUUCAUCACUAACUGCCAGAAAUGCAAAUUCACCUGUCAUUAUCCGUGUUCUUUACCAAAUGAUGAGAAUAAGAUCAAAUGUUCUGCUAUCAGGGACGAGGUCUGCACUGUUUGUCCCGGUAAGUGUGCGUGGAAUAUUCACUCCAACCAACAGCACAGAUUCAUCUAUGAAACUAAAAGGGUCAAAAAGACUUAUGAUGCGCUUAAGAAGAAAUAUGAAGAUGCACAAGGGGAAUUGAUGACAACUGAACAAGUGCUUGAGCGGCUUCAGCAUGAACUGGAUGAUAUGAUAAACUCGAUUUACAAACUCAUUACAGAGUCUCAUGAAAGUAUUAAACGACUUGAACAAAUCGCCCUCAGACCAAACCCGCUCUCCUCUCCAGAGUACAUUGAGCUCCUCAUUCAGGCUGAGGAACAAGAGGCAAAGCUGGGAUGGAUGGAGCGAGUGAAGUCACUGCAGGAAGUGAAAGAAAAGGCAGAAAUAAUAGCAAAUCAUAAUAGAAAAGAUGAAAUGCCACCAAGUGUCCAAACCAGUAGUCAAAAGAGAAAAUCGUCAGAGACAAUGUGCCCACAAAAUAGCAAAGUUGCAAAGCAUACCUUCUGAAAAAAAAAAAAUUACCAAAAGUAAAUUUGCUAUAUGUGGUUCAAUCUUGGAUACUGAAUAACUGUUUUUGGACCUUUGUAUCUGCACAACUGAUGAUAUCUGUUACAGAAUAUGAUUUUAUUAUGAAAUAAUUAAGAAUGUUAAAGUGUUUUUUAUUUAUCUUUUUUAUUCUAACUACUUUAUUUAAAGCAUUUUUGUAAGAAAGCUCAGUAUUAAACUGUAACUUUGACUAUUUGUAUUUAACUGUAACUUCUGAUCUCAGUUAAAGUAACUUAUCUAACCACAAAAAGAGGAGAUGUUAGUAGAGACAGCAGACCACCAAUUAAAAUUGCAAAAAUGAAAGUUUCCACCGCAUUAAGACAGUCUGGCAGCAUGAAACUGAAGGACAAAGUGGGCAUUGUCCAUUCAUUUAGGUAUGUAGUGGCACACAAGGCCUGUUAAGACAGCAGAUUUUAUUUAGAAAUUCAGCUCUACUUCCCAACCUGUAUUCCUAGGUGAAUGGGUGUACUGCACCUCGUACCAACAGUUUGGUCAGCUCUGAUCUAUACCUGAUAACAAAAGUAUAAAUCAGAGUUGAGGAGGCACGCCAUUGAAAGUCCUUCAGACAAAAAGGCACCCAAAAUGGCGUUCAUUUUAAGGUGAACUGUGACUGGAUAUGAUGGACAAAAUAAGGCACCUAUAAGGUGAAACUGGAGAUGUGUAACUGGAAUGGACCUUGAUCCAACCACCAGAGGUUUCACCUACCUUCAAAGCUAGUUGCAUUAAUCUCAUCUGUCUCUUUUGGGGAGAACUAAAUACUCAAAAUGCACUCUUUAUUGGAGAUUUGAAAGCUGAUGAUCCACUCUUUUUGGGGUGAGAAGUCACCAAUUCUCUAUGGAGCAAAAGGUUCACAAACUUACUUUGUAAUGGAAGCCAUUACCCAUAGAGCCUUGGAGCUGGAUGAGUUGAAUAAGCUCCAACAUCCAAUCAGCCAAGCUGAGCUCUGUGCCAGUGACUGAGCCCAGACUGAGAAGCAGCCAUAACUUCAAGAAGGGAACUUCAGUGCCUACACUCUUCUGCUGGAGAGGACCUAAAAACGAGCUGACAAAGGCAGCAUCACACCACACCAUGGACAAAGGACCAUGCAGAAGAGACAAACUGUGCACUCCAACACAAGAAGGGUCAUCCACUUGAACCGUAUAAAUGUAUCGGUAGCAAGAUAAAUCAGGACUCUAAAUAGCCAGUAAACAGCCUGUAUCUCUUUUGUAAGAUGUUUGUCUGUCUUACAGCCUGUCUUCUAUGUCAAUAAAUAUGCAAUUAUCAUAUUAUCAACAAAUUGUUUUAAUCAGGUUCUUAAAACAAGUGGACUUCAGUUACCUUGAUAAAUGUCUAUGGCAGGCAGGAGACCCCUACUAUAGAGAAAGUUAAGAAAAUAAUGUGGGAGCCUUACCUCUUCUUCUUUUCCUUCGGCUGCUCCAGUUAGGGGUCACCACAGCGGAUCAUCUUUUUCCAUAUCUUUCU